CAUUAUCCUAUCAUCUUCAUCUUCUUCCACACUCCCACUCUCUCUCUCUCUCUAAAUUCAACAAUGGCUUCCACAUUAUCCUCAAUCACCCUCCCUCCAUCCACUUAUCAAACACCCUCAGCUGCUUAUCCUGCGCAUCCUUCAGUCACCUUUCCAAAACAAUCCAUUGAAUUCCCCCAAAAGACCAACCCCAAACUCCGAGGCCGCGCCACUUUCCUCCGUCCCCUGGCGGCCGUAGAAGCUCCCGAAAAGGUUGUCGACCUCGGUGACCAGAUCUCAAACUUGACGCUUGCUGAUGCUCAGAAACUUGUCGAGUACCUCCAGGACAAGCUCGGUGUUUCUGCUGCUUCUUUCGCCCCCGUAGCCGCCGUUGCCGCUCCUGCUGGGGCGGGAGUCGCGGAUGCUCCCGCUGCGGUCGAGGAGAAGACGGAGUUCGACGUGAUGAUUGAGGAGGUGCCGAGCAACGCGAGGAUUGCUACUAUUAAAGCAGUUAGGGCUUUGACUAAUUUGGCUUUAAAGGAAGCCAAGGAAUUGAUUGAAGGAUUGCCGAAGAAAUUUAAGGAGGGAGCAUCUAAAGAUGAAGCUGAGGAAGCCAAAAAGCAGCUCGAAGAAGCAGGUGCUAAAGUCUCAAUCGCUUAGGGUUUUUUUGUUCCCCUUUUUUUAUAUAUUAUUUUCUUUUUUUCAAUUAAAUAUCAAAUUGUAUGGAAAUUGUGAUAAAUUUUGAAUGAUUUCUGUACUUAAGUCUUGGUUGUAGAUGCAGUCAAUCUUAUUACCAGUCAUUCGCUCUGAACCCAACAUUUCGAUUACGAAAUUCUGUGUUUGAACUGAUCUGCUUGUUUCAUUCUA